AAGCCACUAUCUGGUGAUAAGUUGUAAGUCAUCCCUUUUAUAACACGCUUUAGCCACGAGGCCUGGAUCAUAGCACCCACGUUUUUCUGCUAGUCUAUAAUAUCCCUUUUCACCAUCGAACAAUCUGUCCGUGACGAUUUGUUCCAGCUGGGCAUUGAACCAAAAGCAGUUUGAUUACUCGUACUUUGACACUGCCUGUCAACGUGGAAGAACCGCUGACUCGCGGUACAGCUUUUGGAGUAUUGGUGUGCUCGACGGGGUCUGUGUAGGAGCAUGUGCGUGUGACGCAUCAGGGCCGCUAGGAGUCAUCAUUUCAGCGUCAAUCCCCUGCCAGUCUGGGAAGAAUUAACUGACUCCACGAAAUCAUGGCUGACGAGGAGAUCGACCAUAACAUGACAGAUGCACCCAAUGGCGCGGCCGUGCAUCAGGUUGGCAAUGUUAUAGGUUACUCAGACGAGGAAAGUCUCAUAAUUGAUGAGUACGAGUCGCCUGAUGAGAACUUGGAGUUUCUGCGGUCUCUGGCACGCCAGAAACUUUUGCCUACGGGCUGCUGUUACGACGAUCGCAUGAAGUUACACGCAAACGCGGACUUUGGUCCCACGCCCCAUCAUCCUGAAGAUCCACGGAGAAUCGAGGAGAUAAUGAAGAUCUUCAAGCAAGAAGGUCUCAUUUUCACGGGUGCCGACACUGACCUUGCUGAUGUCAUUCGAGACACUCCAACAAAGUACAUGUGGAGAAUUCCAGCUCGUGAGGCCACGGAGGAGGAAAUAACCACUGUACACACUAAACGCCAUUAUGACUAUGUGUCAGACUUUGUCAACCUUGAUACCCAGGAACUGCGCAAGCUGAGUCAUGAGUUGGACCAAGGUCGGGCAUCCCUCUAUGUAGGUUCAUUGUCCUUCGAGGCCGCUUUGCUAGCAGCUGGAGGGGCAAUCGAGACCUGUAAGAAUGUCGUUGAGGGCAAAAUCAAGAACGGCUUUGCUGUCAUCAGACCACCUGGACACCAUGCAGAAUUUGAUACCCCGAUGGGAUUUUGUUUCUUCAACAACGUGCCAGUUGCAGCAAAGGUCUGCCAACAAGAGUACCCGGAAACAUGCCGCAAAGUACUCAUUCUGGAUUGGGAUGUGCAUCACGGAAACGGUAUCCAAAACAUGUUCUACGACGACCCUAAUGUCCUAUACAUCUCCUUGCAUGUUUAUGACAACGGUAAUUUCUACCCUGGCAAGCCAGAUAACCCCUUGAUACCAGAUGGCGGUAUCGACGCUAUCGGUGACGAUCUUGGUAAAGGGAGAAAUGUCAACAUUGGCUGGGACAACCAAGGAAUGGGGGAUGGUGAAUAUCUGGCUGCGUUCCAGAAGAUCGUAAUGCCGAUCGCUCGAGAGUUUGAUCCUGAUCUAGUCAUCAUUUCCGCAGGAUUUGAUGCGGCAGACGGAGACGAGCUUGGCGGAUGUUUCGUGACUCCGGGUUGCUAUGCUCACAUGACGCACAUGCUUAUGUCACUUGCCGGUGGUAGGGUGGCCGUCUGUCUUGAGGGUGGCUACAACCUGGUUGCGAUAUCACACUCUGCUCUAGCGGUGGCACGAACGCUUAUGGGUGAACCGCCUCCGAAGAUGGGCAUGCCACGAAUCGACAAAGGUGCAGCCAAGGUACUGGCCAAGGUACAAGCCGCACAAGCCCCCUACUGGGAAUGCAUGCGCCCUGGAGUGAUUAAUGUUCAGGACAUGGGCGCAGCUGGCACUUUAAGGCUCCAUGAUGCCAUCCGAAGCUACCAACGACAGAACUUAGCGGAGCACUUCAACAUGAUACCCUUAUUCAUCCAACGCGAGGCUCUUUACAAGUCGUUCGAGAAUCAAGUACUUAUAACCCCUGGUAUCUCACAAAAGAAGAAGGUCAUCAUCAUUAUUCACGAUGCACCUGAACUCGUCGCCAUGCCGGACCUGAUUGAAAAUACAGUCGACCCGCAUAAUGCUUUCAUCUCGGAUGGCGUUACCACUUAUAUCAAAUGGGCAACAGAGAACGGUUUCGGUAUAAUCGAUGCUAAUGUGCCUCACUACAUCACAAAACCAGAGGAUGUGGAUCCAUUUACUCCGAGAGCAGAUGAACAAUCAUUGUCGAGUCAAGUGAAGGAGCUUAUGAACUACAUCUGGGACAACUACGUGCAACUCUACGACUGCGAUGACCUCUUCCUUAUGGGCAUCGGCAAUGCUUACUUGGGAGUAAAGCUCCUGCUUACAGAAAGACACUGCAAGGAAAGGAUCUCGGGGGUCGUCAACUUUGUCACUGGCAACCUGCGACCGGUCAAGUCGGCCACUGACGAGACUCUGUCUAUGUGGUAUAAACGAAACUCGCUGGUCUAUGUAGCCCGGGACCAUGCGUGCUGGGCGGACCCGGAGCUCACUAAAAAGGUGAAUAAGAGACGUUUCGGUGAUGUGAAGAGGAGUGAUCAGGUCGGAUUGAAUCGCAUGAUGCAACAGCAUGCAGGCGAGGUGCAGGAGUUCAUCGUCGAGCGACUUACCAGAAGUGGAUACACUACGGAGGAUGAGAAGACAGCUUAGGCGCCUUGCCUUUGAGCCAGGUCAUGUCCCUAGACUAGUCUAGCAUGAAUUGAAACCGUAGUACUGGCUAUAUAAUACCUUCACCAUGACAAAGGCAUGAUUGCCCAGAGUGUCAAGCAAGGCAAGUGGCAAAUGCAACAAUCCAGUCGCCCUCUUGCUUGAUACCGAUGAACUCCGUGCUGAACUGAUACGAGUAGUAUAGGUGAGGCCUUGGACCAGGAUAGCUGGGCGCCUCCCGCUAUGCUAAUGUCA